AAGAUGUUAAGUUCCGUGGUUUCCCAAAUUGCCCCUAUUAUUUGGUUCAAUUUCUAAAGAUGACACUCAUCAGAAAAAUUAAAAAAGCUUCACUGCCCAUUCAUAUGCUGCUAUGGGGUGGUAUCUUUAGAGAGAGAGAGAGAGACUUAAGCAGAGUGAGUGAAUAAUGGGAAAAUCAAGUGCAUCAUGCUUCAAGAUCAUCAGCUGCGCAGGCGAAUCUGUGGACCAUGACGAUCUCCAAAGUCCCGAGAUCAGGUGGAGGUUUCUUGUAGUUGGAGAUUUCGGUGUUGAAGUUUUGGUGAACUUGGGAAAGAGUUCUUCAAGUGAUCGGCGUAGAUGGAGCUUCCGUAAGAGAUCUGCUCGGCAUCGGGUUUUGAGCAACAGUGUUGGUUCAGAAGUACCUUCGUCUGUGAACAAAGAGAACCCAGAAUCGCCAGCUGUCAACUUUUCACUGCAUCCCGACUCGUCUGUACAUGAGAAGCCCCUGGUUAUUCAGUUGACCGAAGAAACAACAGAGUUGACCCAUCAACUGGACUCAAAGUUACCAGAGAACCUUUCUGCGAUUGAAGAUGACUGCAAAAAAGAUAAAGUAACCUUCGAUGAGCCAAGUGUUGUAAUAAUCCAGGCUGCCAUUAGGAGGCUUCUGGCUCAGCAAGUGGUACUGAAGCAGAAGAACAUAAUUAAGCUGCAAGCAGCUGUGAGAGGACAUUUAGUCAGGAGGCAUGCUGUUGGAACUCUUCGGUGUGUUCAGGCCAUUAUUAAGAUGCAAGCUGUCGUCAGAGCACGACUUGCUGGUCGACUUGACAAUAAUGAUCCAACUCUCUUGGGGAAGAAGAGAGAAGCCAAACCAAACACUACACACACUUAUGUUUCCAUUGAGAAGCUACUCACAAAUGCUUUCGCACGUCAGCUUAUCGAGUCAACACCGAGGGAAAAACCCAUUAACAUCAAGUGUGACCCUUUGAGAUCUGACUCCGCCUGGAAAUGGUUCGAAAGAUGGAUGUCUGCCUCAUCAACUGAGGAUGAUCUGCCUGAGGAGAAUAAUCUUGAGCUUUCUGAUGGCCAAGAAGAUGUUUUAAUUCUGAGUAGUGAUUCUCAUGCUGAGUUCAAAGACAUGAAAUCUACUUUGGCUGCAUCGGCUGAAAAUAAUCUGAUCAGUUGUGACUCAACCAACUUGGAUCUCCACUCGACCAAAUCCUUAUCGUUUUCAUCCAGCCUCUCUGAUAUGCAUGAAGUCGUUGAACUAAACUCGACAACUGAAACAGCAGAAUCUGCUUCUGUCGAGACGAAAGAGACAGAUUUCAUUGAGGUGGUUGAAGCGAAAUCUCUUCCCCAAAAGGACGAAAAAACUGAAGACGAGCAGACUGAAUCCGAGUCAAAAAAGCUGUCGAGGAAAACGAGCAAUCCUGCUUUUGUCGCGGCACAAUCGAAAUUCGAAGAACUGACUUCUGCAAAAUUAGCCCCUUCAGUCGAGACUGAUCAACCAUUCAAAUCUACAGGAAAUGGGUUACCUGACAACACCACCACCGUAAUAUCUGCUGCCACAUCAGCGUUCCUGAUUGACUCUGAAUGUGGGACCGAACUAUCCAUUUCUUCUACCCUCGACUCACCUGACAGGUCAGAGGCUGGGCCCAACGAGAUCGAACAGGAAACGAAAGUGACCGAACAUUUUAUAACCGAAGAGAAUUUAGAAACCGAAGCUGAUGAUGAUAAAAAGCCAGCCGCAGUGGAAGCCGACUUAUCAUAUACCGACACAAAUGGUUCGAUGAUACAGGAAAGCGCCACCUCAGCUGCUGUCGAGUCCCUUGAUUAUUCCACCAAUGUUGAAGACUACCCGAGUGUAGAGAAAAAGCAAGAAGAAGUUAAGCCGAGUGACCUACAGCUGGAGGUCGAAUCCGAAGCUUCUCCAAGGAGCCAAAUAAAUUUCCCCGAUUUCCAAGCAACUCCUGGUAGCCAGGUGUCGUCUGCCAAACCCAAGAAAAAAAAGGGUAAGAAAAAGUCAUCAGCUGAUAAGAACCACAACCAAGAUUCUGGUUUGAAAAUUGGUUUGGAGCAGCUAAAGGAAACUAAAUCAGGAAAGAGGCGAAACUCGUUCGGCUCAGGCGGUAAGCCUGAAGACAAAGAGCAGGAGCCGAGAGAUAGUAGCAGCAGUAACUCUCUCCCGAGUUACAUGCAGGCAACUGAGUCUGCAAGGGCCAAGGCUAUUAUUGUGAAUGGGUCUCCAAGAUCGAGCCCAGAUUUACACGACAAGGAUAUUUACGGAAAAAAGAGGCAUUCUUUACCGGGUUCGAACGAGAGGCAAGGAUCUCCUCGGAUUCAAAGGUCUCUGUCUCAGGCACAGCAGAACACAAAGGGAACUGCUGCAACACAUUCUCCUCAAGGUUCCUACAUGUUCAGCCAGCAACUUAUAAGUUUCUAUGUUAUACUUGACUUGUCAUUUAUUUAUAAUGUGGUCUUCGAUCUCUGUUUUCAGACCGGAAAUGGCGGAGAUAUUGACUUGUUAAGACUCAUUAAGGAGUCAAACUUAAGAUUGUUUAUCGAUUUGAGUCGAGUUAAAGGAGCUUCGGUUCAGAGCCGAGCUAUAAGAACUCCUGUUCAAAACUGA